AUUGAGGGCUCAGAUUUUGCAAUAAGGGGCAUACACUGGACAAGUAUACACAAGUAUAGAACUAGAAAAGGCUAGGAUGAAUUCUUCAAAUGAUAUUGAAUACCCAAAGAAGAUACUGGACUACAUGGAGGGCUUCUUGGUGUCCAAGACUUUGUUUGCAGCUUGUGAACUUGGUGUGUUUGACUUUUUGUUGGUGUCCAAGCAAUCUAUGUCUUCAGCUGAUAUUGCAAAAGGCCUGAAGACGAGUGUUGAUGGCAUGGAGAGAUUGCUCAUGGCCUGUGUUGGAUUGAAGCUUCUACACGCAAACAUUCAGAAUGGAGAAGCACUGUACAGCAACACAGAGCUUUCCAGGAUAUAUCUGACCAGAACAAGUCCAAAGUCUUUAUUUCAUUCAAUACAGUACAACUCACAAACCAUCUACCUGUGCUGGCACUACCUGGCGGAUGCUGUGAGAGACGGGAAGAACCAAUAUGAAAAAGCUUUUGGUGUCAGUUCAGCUGACCUCUUCGAAGCCUUGUACAGAUCAGAUGAAGAAAUGAUUACAUUCAUGAAGCUCAUGAACUCGGUUUGGAAUAUAUGUGGUAAAGAUGUGGUCACAGCCUUUGACCUCUCACCUUUUCAAAGCAUAUACGAUCUUGGGGGUUGCAGUGGUGCUGUAGCCAAACAGUGUGUGUUUGCAUACCCAGAAUCCAUGGUGACAAUCUUCGAUCUCCCUAAGGUUGUACAAAUGGCAAAGGAGCACUUUGUGUCAUCGGAUGAGAGGAGAAUUUCAUUCCAUGAAGGAGACUUCUUUAGAGAUCCUAUUCCUGCCUCUGACCUCUAUAUCCUGGCUCGGAUUCUUCAUGACUGGACAGACGAGAAAUGUCUGGAGCUGCUCACCAAAGUGAACAAGGCCUGUAAACCAGGAGGUGGGUUGCUGCUGAUUGAAGCCUUAUUGAAUGAAGACAAGAGCGGUCCUCUAACAACCCAACUCUACUCACUUAACAUGCUGGUGCAGACAGAGGGGCGAGAAAGGUCUCCCUCAGAGUACAUCCACCUCAUGGGCGCAGCAGGAUUUACAGACAUUCAGGUCAAGAGAACUGGAAAACUGUAUGAUGCUGUUUUGGGAAGAAAGUAAACAGGCCUUUUAAUUGCUUUUAGAUUGCCAUGGUUCACUAAUUUACUCUCUGUUUAUAUGUUUUAGGCCUAAAUUAAAUUACUGUAUCUCUCAUUCUUAUCUGCUCCCAUUAGGAGUAGUUUCUUACACUGAAAAUCUCUCCUUUUUACGGCCAUAUAUCAAGACCUUUUUUUUUUUACUUUGAAGAAAAGGCUUUCACUUUUGUUUUAGGAUUUAAAAGAUUAGGAAGGCUUUUUUUUUUGGAGUAAACUCAUGAAAUGACCCGUGUAAAUGUGGUAUAAUAUUUAUUUGUGCUGACAACACAUAAUUGUAAGUAGUGACGAUGGGGGAAAUAAAUUGAUAUGUUAUCGUGGGGUCUAGACAUUUCAAAUUGCUAUGUCGAUAUCACAAAAGGAAUGAUCUCAGAAUUUCAACAAUCAAAAUUGUUAUGCUGAGAUCACAAGACAAAGUAUCUCAGGAUUUCGACACUUCAAUUGUUAUGUCAAGAUUGCAAGAUGAAUUACAUUAUAGGGGGAAAAAAAUCACUCUGAUGAAUCUGUGAUACUAACCUUAAUCGAAACAGAAAUACAGUAAAUGUUGCUACAUUCAGUCCACGUAUUGCAUUCGUUUAUAUUUACACCCAAACCCUGUUUUUACACGAAACAGUUUAAGGAGAUGCACACAAUUAAAACACUCAGGACCUGUUCAGCAGCUGCCUCAGUAUCAAGGACAGUCAUGUUAGUAGGCUGCUCCAAGACUUCAGUUAUCAGAUCAGCAAUAGCAAACUGAAGGGAUAGUAAUCACAAAGAGAGACCACCGUGACCACAUACUGAUGGCAAUGGACAGAUGGAAACGGUGGUUAGAGAAGCUACUUGACAAGCCUGAAAUAUUAAUGAAUGAAUUAAAUACCAUUUUUUAAAACACAUUCCUUGUGGAGUUUAUGCCACGUGUUGUUAUGGCUGUGAUCAGGAUAAACAGUGGCCCAUCCCAGUAUUAGUUGCAGGUCCUAACAAAGUGGCCAGGCAAUGGCUGAAAGUUCAACUUUAGGAAUUCUUUGCAACAAAUGAAAUAUAGCAUCACACAUCACAUCUGUGUGGCUCAUACAGGAAGACAAGUUUUGAUUGCUGUGUGAAAUAACAAUAUUUCAUCGAUCAGAGGUUUUUUUUUUAUUGCUGUUUGAAAUAACAACGAUUCAGAGACUCAUUUGUGGUUUCUGCUCAUUGGGAAGUUUCAUAUCUUUGUUACAUUCAUCAGACGGCAGUUAUGACUGGAGCAACAGGCUUACGAAUGACACACACACCACUGCAAAUUAGAAACAGAACAUUUGAGUUAUUGCUCACGUAAACAAGGAUGACAUUCAUCAACAUUUCAGAGAUUAAACAAUUCUUGUUUGCCUCCAAUAUGCUUGAGCUUUUAAUCUCUUGUAGUUUGCUGUGAUGACUUUCAUUCAGUGUUUUAUUGAUUCCAGCAGUGCUUUGACUGCUUCAAAUCCGAAACUUCAUAGGCAAAAAUGACACAGUUCGACCAAACCGGUUUGUUUUUUUUAUUGUUUUUUUUGUUUUUGUUUUUUUUGCAAUAACUACAGAUAGAUGUUUUUGUUUUGUGAACUUUGUUAAAAGACUGGCAAUGAAGAGGCUUAUGUUUUCAUCACUUUCUGGUUGAAUCCUGAAUCUUGAGCGACUUUCUACUUCAGCAAAUAGUAAUAGAGUAAUCGAUCCAAAAAUGUAGUGAAGAGCCACCCAAUCAUAUUAUAGUAUAAUGUGGAAUGUGGUGGUGAGAAACUGAAGCUUAUUAAAUGCCUUUACUUACAUUUUUUAAUUACUAUCUAGAGAUGUCGAUUAGAAAUGAACCUUGAUAAAAACAUUCUUUAGUACAAAUUAAAGAGGGUUUCCGAGUCUGAUUUCUUAAGUUUUGAUACAGCUUUAUAGAUUAGUUAUAGAAUCAUUAUGUAUAUUUUGUUUAUGUAAAAUACUUGCAGCUAACAUAUUUGUUUGUCCGUGUGCAUGCAUUUCCAAAUUUCUGGAAACAGUGUAUUAGAGAUAUGUGCAGUGUAUUCCUCAGCAUCAUAAAUCUUGGAAAAAAGAGAGAGCAUUAGAAACAAGGCUUUCUAGAAAGUAUGACUGCCUGCUGUUGCUGUUGCUUUGCUCUGAACAUACAAGUCAAAAAUGGUUGUGGUUUACAGUAUGCAUUGAAUGUCAGCUCAUAUCAAGGGAGUUAAUGAAAUGAAUUAUUCCUCUUCCAUUUUACAGAUAUUCAGGAAAACAGAAAUGUUGUUUUUAACCAAUUCCUCUUUUCAACCUUCUUUUUUAGUUGACACGGUUUUCUUUUUUCAAAUUGUUUGAAAAAGCUCCCUUGUAUGUGAAACUGCCUUGAAAUAAUCAUGCAUUAGUCCGAAUUACCAGUAAAAGAUUCAUUUAAAUAAGAUAAACCCCUGC